UUGCUAAAUACGCUCCUGCAAAAUGAACGCACAUUGGCUACUCCGGAAAUUGAAUACAAUGUAUUAUUGUUUCAUGCCAAUGCCUGCUAUCAGGAGAAACAAUAUCGCAUGGCUAUUAAACAAUUUAAUGCUGCACUGCUGAUGCGUAAAUUUAUGUCACGCUACAAGAAUGCCCACCUUACAACAAUCGAAAGUACAUAUGAACAUUUUGGUGAAACUGAGACACGUUAUCGUUUGGCCAUGUGUCACAAACAUUUGGGUGAAAAUACACAGGCUAUUAGUGCUUUGCAGGCAUUGCCUGCAAAGGCGAGAACACCAAAAGUCCAUUUAUUGUUGGCUAAAUUAAUACACCAUGGUGGUUCGAACUCGAGUGAAGCCAUAUUAAAUUAUAAAGAAGUAUUGCGUGAAUGUCCAAUGGCAUUGGAGGCUAUAGAUGCUUUAUUAGAAUUGGGUGUCGAUGGAAUUGAAGUGAAUUCUUUAGUUAUGAAUGCAAGUACAGUACCAAAAAAUAUCGAAUGGCUAAGUACCUGGAUAAAGGGGCAUGCCCAGCUGUAUAGUCGCAAACAUAUGGAAGCCUCUAAGACGUUCCAAAGUAUUAACAAUAAAACGAAAUUUCAUCAAAAUGAAAAUCUCAUUACGUUGAUUGGCAAAUGUUUCUAUUAUUAUGGCAAUUCUACACAGGCACAACAUUAUCUAGAGACUGCUGUAAUGUUGAAUCCAUACAAUUGGGAAGCAAUAAUGCCACUAGCUGUGGUCUUCGAAUACAAUCAAAAGCUUCAAGAGUUGGAAAAACUCACAGCUCAAUUGACAAAUAUUCAUGAAUUUACAUCGGGACAUUGGUUUGUGCUGGCACAAAGUUUUUAUGCCAAUGGUAAAUUGGAUAAGGCAGCGUCAUUUGCCAAUAAGGCUCUAUCGGUGAAUCCGCGUAAUGUUGAAGCUCAGCUAUUGCGGGGUAAAAUAUGUCUGCAAAUAAGACGUCACAAGGAUGCGGUUUAUUUCUUCCGUUCUGCCCAGUGUAUUGCCAAUUAUCGUUUUGAGGUUUACAAAGGUCUGUUCCAUUGCUAUGUUGGUAUGAAGAGGGCCAAGGAGGCACAGACAAUGUGUGCACUAACGGUGCGUUAUUUUAGAGAAUCUCCAAGGAGUUUGGUGAUGUUCGCCCGCACCUUGGUCAAUUCCACACAUCCCAAUGCAAAAAAGAGUGCCAAGAAAGUUGUUGCUAAAGCUUUGGAAAUCGAUGAACACUAUGCUCCAGCCGUUGCAUUAAUGGCCGAACUCUGCCAUUCAGAGGGUGAAACCCAAGAGGCCAUUGCCUUGUUAAAGAAACAAGUUAUUAUUUAUCCCCAUUAUAAACUAUUUACCAUGUUGGGUGAUAUUUUGGCCCAAGAAAAAGAUCUCAAUGCUGCUUUGGAAUAUUAUACAACGGCAUUGAGUAAUGAACCAACAUAUCAAAGGGCUUUGGAUGGUGUUAAUGCCUUGGGCAAGGCUCAAUGGUCAUCGAAUACGAAAAAUGAACAAGACACCUCGAUGACAUCGUCGGCAAAUCAAGACGAUGAAUGGCCCAUUGAAUGUGAUGAACCAUCGGUUGAAGCUGUGGAAUUGUCAUCGCCGGCAGUACAAAAUGAUGAUGAUGAAUCCGAUACAUUUUCAGAUCCAUUCUGGCAAGAUGUUAAUGCCGAAUUAACCAAUUAAUUUUAAGUAAAGAG